AUAAAAUGUGUCAUGACAUUUUAAAGUCAUAUAAUUUAAACUAGAUAAAAAACAACUUUAGACACACAUCUUCAAAAGAUUGCAUACCAAACAUACGUUUGCUAAAUCGAUUGAUGAGCACUCUGUAGGACCAGGCCACCAUGAUGUAUUUGGCUAUAUUAAUAACAAGCCUCAUGGCUAUAAAAGCACAGCGGACAACAGUUGAAGACUCCUGUCAACAGAAGCUUUCUUUUGGAACAUGUAAAACUGAGACCAAUGCACAAAUGGAGAUGGUGAUUCUCAAACAAAAAUCACAUAUUGAGGAGCUGGAGGAAAAGUAUGCAUCACUUAAAAAAGAAUAUCUGAAUAUGUUGGAACAUCAAGUGAGGGUGUUUACACAUCAAGAAGAUAUGGACAGUGACCUCGGCAAAAGACUGGAUGUGGUAGAAAAACAUUUGAACAUUACACGAUGUGCUUGUAGCGUGAACAAGGCUAUGGACAGCCGGGUAGGUACCACCCGCUUAACGGAUCUAUUCAGUUGUGGAUCACAAGUGAUAUUCAGCUGUUCUGAGGAAACAGAACCAACAUUUGUAGAACCAGUCUAUGUGCAGACUUGUAUUGAUGGGAAAUGGCUACCAGACUUUGAGGGUGACCCAUGGUGUUUGGCAUACACAAAAGAAAACCCCUGUGAAGAGUUUGUUAAGAGAGAUCUCUGCAAGGAGGGUUCCUGGUGCACAAUAGAUGGAGAAACAUCCGAUGCCCAAUGUCAAUGUAGGCCAAACUUCGAAGGUCGCUUCUGUGAUGAACCAACUGACAACUAUUGCUCAAUGAUAGAUUGUCAC